AUGAUACUUGCUGACUUCGCAAAAUUUAACUCUGAAAAAUAUAACACAUUACCCAAGGUCGAUGUUGCCUCCAGCAUAUUAUUACAUGCCCCAGCUUUCAUCACUUCAGCUGAUUUCCCAAAUGAACAAGUUUAUCCUGCGGGUUGGUUACUUGAGAAUGAUAACAAGUUGUCAGCAUUUGAGUAUUCGACGGAUGUUCAGGUGAAGCGUACUCUCGAAAAACUUAUCAAGAAUUCAAGUAUUUUCUUGAAGUUUUGUGAAUUGAUCAAGGAGUAUCACCUUGAGAAUUCACUUGCACCUUGUAUCACAGCACGGGAUUCAUUGCAACCUUUUGAGAAAAGGACAGGAUUUCUGGAGACAACUUAUUUGAAAUCUGAUGCAAGUAUUGUGAAAAAUAAUAAAGAUCAGGCAGUGUGCUGCCAUGAGAAUGCUUCAAUUAUUACUACUUUGUGGGCAUAUCCAGUAAACGAUCAUUGUUUUAGUGGUGGCAAUCAUAAUCAUUCACUGUGUUCAUUGUUUUCACUGUGGUAA